CCCGCCCGUUAUUCCUGCCCGGAGUACCCAAGCAGGAGCCUCGCGCUUCUCACCUGCGCUGCUCUGGGGCGGUCCCGUCCGUGGUCCAAGUUUGUCUUCAGGUCCAGGUACUUCUCGGGGGCAGAAGCGCGGAAUCAUCAUCUAUCAACAUCUCUCGCUCUCUAUCUCGCUCUCACUGCAGUGAAUCUUAGUCGUGCUCCCCGUCUUGCUUCGGUCCUUUUGUUGCGGGUCUCGGCAUCGGAGGCCCCAAAACUUUGCUCUCGUCGAAUCGUUCAGCUCAUAAUCCAGGGACUGAGGGUGGGAAGAGUGGACGUCGUGUUGGGACGCGAGGCUGUGAGUUCAAUAAGUGUCAGGGAGAGACGAAGAAGGUAGAAUUGCCGCUGCUGAAGGAUUCGGACUGUGCCCCGUGGUAUUCUGCUCUAAAUUUUGUGUGUGUCUACAGACCGAGGUUGCGGAGUUCUGAGAGGUCGAGUCGGAGUGUUUCGAAGGGGAUCGGGAUGGAGAAGAGAGUGGGAGAAAUGAUUGUGUUGAGCGUGCUCUUGAUCUUGAGUGGCUCUGCGCAAGCAGCGACCACCGAUUGCUCCAGUGCGCUGACGAGCCUGGCCACAUGUCUUCCUUAUGUCAUCGGCUCGGUGAGCUCACCGUCGCAAGAUUGCUGCUCUGCUCUUCCGGGCGUCAUCAAGGCCACUCCGGUCUGCUUGUGCCAGCUGCUCGGCUACGGCAGUGAUCCCAGCACCACCGUGCCCAGCUCCUUCAACCAGACCCUCGCCACGCAGCUCCCCACAUUGUGCAACGUAUCAGCCAACGAGGAUAGAUGCCCAGCUUUGGUUGCUGGAACUCCCAUCGAAGCUCCAGGAGCCAGCGGACCCGCCCCUCCACCUUCGGCAGGAGGUCCCGGUGGCCCUCCCAGCUCUGCUGCCUCUUUGCUCUCGUCUCUGACCAUCGUGCUCGGCUGCGUGGCUGUUGCAUUCUUCGCCAGCCCUCUAUUAUAGGACAUUCUUCUAUCUCAGCCCAAGAGAUCGUCAGUUGAGCCGCCUGGCAUUCCGGAGUGAUGCAGACAAGUAGCUGCACGGACUCUUCAUGCUACAGCAGAUGGAUUUGCUUCUCAUGCUCGACUCGCCACAUCCAGGCUGAUUUUCAUUUUAGGCGUCCGGUGUUCCCGGCACGCACACGAUGCAAUACGGUUUCAUAGGUUGAAGUAGCAGUAUCAUUUUGGCCAGAAGAAGUAGCUUGGCUGAUUUAUAUUAGUCCCGGCAGAUGCUGGGACGUCUCGUUCUCUAGAAUCUUAGUAGACUGUACGUGGAAACCAAGGUUUCGAAAAAUUCCGAAAAAAAUUUCCUCUGCUUCGGUCUUUGACGAUUAGUAAAAUAUAUUUUGCACAACAGGUCCA